AUGGUGUUUAAGAAUCCGAGACACACUGAAAAACAAACACAUAUGCUGAAUGUUUCUUCGACGUAUGUAAAAACAAUAAAAGACGAGCCCCGAAUUCAAAAUUGUUCAGGCCAAAAAUAUUGA